ACAGUCCUCUUCAAAUUAAAGCCUGGCGUCACGCCCGCCCAGCUGGCCGAUUGGACGACAUCCGCCAAAGCCAUGGUCGGCCAGAUCCCAGGCCUGAUCAAGCUCGAAGCCAACCCGCCGCUAGCUUCGACCGCGCACCGCAGCCAGGGCUACAAUAUGGGGUUGGUGGCCGUGUUGGAAAAGGCGGCUGAUGUGCAGGUCUAUGCUGACCAUCCUGCUCACGUGGCG